UGUUUUGAAUGAUGGAGAUUAUACAUUUUUAUCUUAUCUAUUCUAGGUACCACAAAAAAAUUCAUCCGUUUCUUUAUCUGCAAGACACUAUUUUGAGCUAUGAGAGAACGUUCUUGCCAAAGAAGAAUGUUUUGAAAUUUGGAGACAGCAACGUAGAAGAAACGGAGACAAAAGUAACAAAGAACAUCAUUUUAUCAAAGAGUUCUACAAUGAUGUCCAAAGAUAUUGAGAUAAAAAGGAGAAACAGCAAAGUAAGGGAAGGAGGAAAAAACCUAAUUGCAAUACUGAAAUGUAUAGGCUUUAUACUGUGCGUUACAGGUUUCUCCUAUCAAGUCUCGGAAUUCAUGGUGCGAUUUUAUAGUCAUCCGACAGUUGUAAACAUCGAUAUCAAUGAAACACCAAAAUUUGUAGUACCUGCCCUAACGUUCUGCAAUUUGAAUCCAAUUCGCCGAAGCACAUAUUGUAAUGAAAAUCCCGACAACUGUGAAAAGCCAGCAGAUAUUCAGCAGUUCUGUUUAGAUAUGCCUCAUUAUUGCAGACAGGAAGACAUGUCUCAGUUUCUGAUGCCUAAAAAUCACAUUUAUUCAAGAAUGACACUCGAAGAACUUGAAAAAUAUGGUCAAAUCGAAACUGAGAGUUUCAUACCUUAUUUUUGGUUAGAUAAUAAAACUGAAUCUGACUACUUUGAGCAAACAUGGGAGCAUCAUAAUGAUUUUGAUUUAGUGCCUUGUUUCAAGCUCUAUAGUAGAGAAAACAGCAAUGAAAGAGCAAAAAUGGGUACAUUUUUCCCACGGGUGUUGAAUGUUGCCUCUCGUCAGGUAUUCAUUCUGAAUGUUGAAGAAGAUGAAUUGUUUGAUCCAAGAAAGAAUCCAAGAGCAGUUCUCGACAUACAUUCGCCAUUUGCAGUUUCUGACAUUGAAUUAAAGGCAAUAAAUUUAGAGCCGGGAAAAUCAUAUAAAAUACAUAUAAUUCUAGUUGAAUAUCAUCUUCUUCCUGCACCUUACAAGACUGAUUGUAUAGAUUACGAAGAUCUGUGGGAGAAGAACAACAGAACAGGACCGCGAUCACAAAGAUCUUGCAUGCUGAUAUGUACUGAUGUACUAACUCGUCUGUGUCUAAAUUGUACUCAAGAAAUCUACGCUCCACUACGGGACAAAUGCACAGGAAACUAUGCAGGUCUCAAAGAUUGUGUUGGAAAUUUUACUGACUCAGUACGUGAGGAGUACCAAAAAUGUGACAUACAAUGCAAGAAAGAAUGCGUAAAACGAAUCUAUGAUAUCCGUGUAGAAGAAUCGUCUGAUUUCAUUUAUAAGAGAACAGAUCAAAACCAAAGGAAAUUGAUAGAAGUGGAUAUAUUAAUAACAGAACCAGAGGUUCUUAUUUUUGAACACAAACCACAAUUUAUGAAUGUUGAGCUCUUCAGCACCAUUGGUGGAUUUUUAGGCUGCUGGCUCGGGAUAUCUACAUACACGUCAUUUGACUUUCUGCUCACCUUGCCGCGUUUGAUACUCAUAAAACUGAAGAAAUGGUUCACUAAAUUUGCUGUUUUACACGAUGAUAUGUAGUCACACGUUUCAUAAAUUCGAAACUCUGAGAAAAACACUUUUAAAAAAAGUAUGCACAAAUAAAGUAUA